GAAAAUUUAUUGUAGUUUUUGCUUCCUAUCCCCAAUGGCUUAUUUCUUUGAGAUGAAUAAUAAAUUUUUUAUACUUGCUACAUUCAUGCUUCUUGGGUUGUUCAUGUCCUCCCUAGAAAAAAUAGGUGCACAACCUUAGGUGUUUGCUAUGGACAAAUAGGAGACAAUUUACCACCUGAACAGGAAGUUAUAAAUCUUUUUCGAACAAAUGGCAUAGGAAAAAUGCGAAUUUAUGGUCCAAAUCCAGCAAUCUUGGAGGCCCUUAGAGGAUCCAACAUAGAACUGAUCCUGGAUGUCACUAAUGAUAAACUUCAAGCCCUUUCUGAUGCUGCAACUGCAAAUGAUUGGGUCCGGCAAAAUGUACUGAACUACCCAGAUGUCACAUAUAGGUACAUCGCUGUUGGGAAUGAAAUAAAGCCUAAUGAUGGAAGGGCCCAAUAUGUUGUACCAGCCAUGCAGAACAUUCACAAUGCAAUUGUCUCAGCCAAUUUACAAGACCAGAUUAAGGUUUCAACUUCAAUAGAUAUGUCACUGUUGGGCAAUUCAUACCCUCCAUCAGCAGGCUCAUUUAGUGACAGUGCAAGUUCAUACAUGGCCUCAGUCGUUACCUUCCUAGCAAACAAUGGGGCACCACUUCUUGCCAAUGUGUACCCAUACUUUAGCUACAUUGGUAACUCACAAAGCAUCAGUUUAGACUAUGCCUUAUUAAGAUCACCAGGGGUUGUGGUACAAGAUGGUGAGUAUGGAUACCAAAAUCUCUUUGAUGCAAUCUUGGAUGCUCUCUAUUCUGCCCUUGAGAAAUCAGGUGGUUCCAAUGUGAAGAUUGUUGUAUCAGAGAGUGGUUGGCCAUCUGAGGGUCAUGCUGCUGCAACAAUUGAUAAUGCUGCCACUUACUACCAGAAUUUGAUCAAUCAUGUGAACAGUGGGACUCCCAAGAGGCCUGGACAAGCUAUACAGACUUAUUUGUUUGCUAUGUUUGAUGAAAACAAAAAAGGCCCUGAGGAAACUGAGCGACAUUUUGGUCUCUUCCACCCUGAUAAACAGCCAAAAUACUAAAUCAGAUUCAAUUAGAAGAGUAAUUGUUUUUUUUGGGUAAAAUUUAUACAGUUUUUCUUUGAAAAUAAUCUUGUCCCUUUGUUAACCCGGCAAGUAUAACAUGGGAUUAUUUCUGUUAGAAUAAGUU